GAGGAAAAUUCAGCGACGUCCAAGUAAACAGGCUAUAGCCGAGGAGACCUGAGGCAGUUCGUUGAUUUUCUCGCACACGCGCGCAACGUGCGUAACAAGCCAUCCUCCCGCCUGUCAAACAACUUGUCAUACCUUUCUCUCGGCUGCAGCCGAUUGUCACGCAUUUUUUUUCAUUUGCUGUGCCGCGAUUUGUGCGGAUAUAUUGAAAGUUGUUCAUGCUAGUUUCGCCGGAAAGCUCCUAAUUCAACGGACUUUGUAGGUACGAGGCGUCGCGCGUAGAGCGCCGCGUUUCGUACAAUCGAUACUAUCGUGUGUCCAGUGCCUCCUGACGGUGUGACAAUAUAAGUGAGGCACACAGAACUGUAAAGAUGCGAUUUUCCUGGAUUCUUCUGACCGUCGUUGCACUUUUUGUUGCGGUCACUGUCGCGGCAAAGGCCAAAAGGAAGUUUGACGGAGAUUUCGAAUUCGCCGACGAGGACGAUACCCGGAUUGUAAAAGCGGGCGAUAAAAAGCGAUGGAUAUAUGAUCCAAAUAGUGAACUUUGUCGACCACUGAACUGCAAAAAGAAGGAGAUCUGCCUUUUAGCAGAUUCAUUCACAGCAGUAUGUGUUUCCAAAAAGGAACUUCACAAAUCAGGUGACAUUGUGGUCCCAAAAUCGCGCGCACUCCAAGAGCGAAGAAUGCAAACAGAAUCUGCAGACGACGCCGAAGAUGAUGACGCCUUUUUUGAUUCUGAGGACGACGAAGAAGAUCAGGAUGAAUCUAAGUGUCAAGAUUGCCCGGUUGUAAAACCUACGUUCAUCUGCGGUAGCGACAAUCGAACCUACAGCUCACUCUGUCGUAUAGAAUAUCACAACUGUAUACAUCACACAUAUGUAUACUUGGCGUGUAAAGGAUUCUGUCCAUGCAAAGAGACCGUCCGGCCGUUGCCCUCCCACAUGAAGAAAAUGCAGAAAUUGCAACUGCAGAAACAAUCUCUUCUGGGCAAGACGAAUCGAGAUCGUGACAUCACACUGACGCCACGAGACUUCAACUAUGACAAUCAUCAUUAUAAGUACCUCAAGUACACUAAACGUGCCAAGUUGCAGGCACUGGCUUCAAUGAAACGAUACGACGACAAGCACUUUGCGAGCAACGAGAUUACGGAGAAGACAUCAUUACCGCCUCUAAAGCCGGCUUACGAUACGGAUUUCUCAAAAGACAGGGAUUGCUCGCCUUCUUCAAAACCGGCAAUGGCCAAUCGUUUACUCGAUUGGUUUUCCGUCCUAAUGACGGAUGCUAAACAACACCGGCGACAGUUUGCCAAACCCAAAGGUCACUUCCCUCCAGGAUGUCAAAGUGAAGUAAGAUGGAUGUUUGGCCAUCUAGAUACGGAUAGCAAUGGUUUGAUUUCGCUCUCGGAACUCUACCAAUUAGAACAUGAUCAAAACGAGCCCUGCCUGAAACCAUUUUUCGAUUCAUGUGAUACAGAUGGAGACAUUUUUAUCAGCGGACCUGAAUGGUGUGGAUGCUUUUCAAAAGCUGAGAGGCCUUGUGCAGCUGUUCGUAAGCGACUAACACCGGAUGCUGCUCCUGCAUGCGACUCAAGAGGAUAUUACAAAAAUAUCCAGUGUCACCGAGGCCUUGGUCUCUGCUGGUGUGUGGAUCCUCAUGGAGUCGAAUUUGCGGGUACAAGGACUCGUGGCUCCAAACCAGAUUGCGACGCUAUUGUCAAUAAAAUAAAUAAUGGAGGCCUCAAGACGAACGGUGUGGACUUGGAAGACGACGAAGACUCAGUACAGGACCUAGAAGGCUCAGCAGAUCAAACCUUAGACUUUUAGUUGCGUCCUAAAGACUUCACGAUGCCAAGCACAGCCAUUGGUCAAUUUUCUCUUUGACUAAUAUAGUAGAGUAAUAUGUACCUAAAUGACUGGCCUGGUGUAUCGCUAUUAUAAUUGGAGGUGUCUUGUAAAAAACACGCCUAACGACAUCGAAUCAACUUUCCUAAACUUCUUUUAUCCCAUGACAAUUAACGCAAAGCGCUAUUAGCAGGCUCUCACAAGAAAAUCUUUCUUAACUCCAGUCUCUCAUAGCAAAUUGCAGCAGUAUUAAAACCACGGCAAAAUACAAUAUAAACUAUAAGAUUAUAUUACUUCUCCAAAGUAUUUUUGCCACAUUCCACUUAGAGCGAUAAGAGUAUCUUUCCAUAGGGACAAGCACGACUAACAAACAUUAAUUUUUCUUUCUUUUCUCAAUUAAUAAAUUACGUUGAUUCUGCUGGGCAGCGUACUUAUUGCAUUUCUUCACAAUAAGAGACGUAUCUUUAUGAAACCAUUGAUGAUGGAAUUUGGUAAAAAAAUCCUUAUAUACAACUUUGAACACAUGCAUUUUGGCGCAUUUUUUGUACCCGUCGGGAUACCUCCAUGCGCAACUUGUCUAUAAAUAAUAUAAUUAAAAAUAUAUAAGCAUGUACAAUUAGGGAAUGAAAGUGAGUGUGAAAGGAAGCGAGUGAUAAGUGAUUUUAUGAAAAACGCAAGGUUUGCGAACUUGCAGCGUAUUAUGCACUCCAUGACACAUACAAAAUUACGCAAUACCCCUAAACGUACAAGAAAUACUCAUUAUGAUUUCUAACUACUAGAUUAACCCUGCUGUUUCCUUCAACUUUAUGUUGCAAUGAUUGCCUUCAGGACAUUCAAAACGACAUCCAUGCAUAUUUUCCUCAAAAAACUUUAAACUCAAAGAUAAAUUUCAUUUCCAAAAAGUAGCUAAAGAACGAGCAUUCGUCAGUAGCAGCUAUCUAAGAACUUUUUAAACCUAUUCUUGUACAACAAUUUACUACUAGUAGUUCAGAGUGGCCGUUUUGGCCGAAAAAAAUACCGGUCAUUUCCCGAUUCGAAAAAAUUUGACGUGCUCAGUGAAAUCCAAAAAUUAAAACUAUUAAAGCAAAAUAUCUUUUCAUUUGAAGUAAUCAAAA